AUUCGGAAUAGGACUGUUUCCGCUAGUGGAAUGGUCAAAGGGUGUGAAUCACUUGAAUCUCGAACCCAUAUAUACUUCGCAUUCGUGAUUUCAUCUUUCUUUCCCCUGUUCGUUAGAUUCUUAAGACGAAGAUCUUGAAGAUAUAUGAAAUGAACAUGGAUAACCUGUUAGCGAAUUAAUCGUUUACGUAAUUAGACAAUUUGAGCACUUGAUGUCCUUCGUGAUGCUUGCUAAGAAGAAGUCUAACAAUUAAUUCUGGUUAGCUCAAUGGGUCUGAAAUUGAUGUUCAUAGUUUUUGGAUUAAUCUUCUUCCUAAACUAUGAGCAUUGUUGAAGCCAUUUAUUUCGUCAUAUACAGCCAAGUCUUCAUAAUAAAUGAAAGCAAUGGACUUUAUACAGGCGAUGGCUCAGUUGACUUCCAUGGUAAUCCUGUUCUCAAGCAAAAUACAGGAAACUGGAAAGCAUGCCCAUUCAUUCUAGGGAAUGAAGGCUGUGAGCGAUUGGCCUACUAUGGGAUUUCAACUAACCUUGUUACGUAUCUUACAAAUAAACUACAUCAAGGAAAUGUAUCAGCUGCUAGAAACGUCACUACUUGGCAAGGAACUUGUUAUCUUACACCCCUUAUUGGAGCUAUAUUGGCAGAUGCAUACUGGGGAAGAUAUUGGACAAUUGCUACUUUUUCAACAAUUUACUUCAUUGGAAUGUGUACAUUAACUCUCUCUGCAUCGGUUCCUGCUUUAAAGCCUGCUGAAUGUGUUGGGUUUAUGUGCCCCCCAGCUUCUGCUGCUCAGUAUAUUGUAUUUUUCCUUGGGCUUUAUUUGAUUGCGCUUGGGACAGGUGGAAUUAAACCAUGUGUUUCAUCCUUUGGAGCAGAUCAGUUUGAUGAUACUGAUCCUGCUGAAAGGGUUAAAAAGGGCUCGUUUUUCAACUGGUUUUACUUUUCUAUCAACAUUGGAGCUCUUAUAUCAAGUAGUUUCCUGGUUUGGAUACAAGACAAUGCUGGGUGGGGUCUGGGGUUUGGCAUCCCUGCAUUAUUUAUGGGCCUUGCUAUUGUAAGUUUCUUCUCUGGCACAAAGCUCUACAGAUUUCAGAAACCGGGAGGAAGCCCAAUUACGAGAAUGUGCCAGGUUUUGGUUGCUUCCUUUCAUAAACGAAAUGUAAAGAUUCCUGGUGACAGUAAUCUUCUAUAUGAGGUGCAAGACAAAAUUUCUGCCAUUGAAGGAAGUCGCAAGCUGGAACACAGCAAUGAACUGAAAUGCCUUGAUAAGGCUGCUGUCAUCUCUGAUGCUGAGUUGAAAAGCGGAGACUUCUCCAAUCCCUGGAAGCUUUGUACAGUAACUCAGGUCGAAGAAUUCAAGAUUCUUAUCCGAAUGUUCCCAAUUUGGGCUACUGGAAUUGUCUUUUCUGCUGUGUACGCCCAAAUGUCGACAUUGUUCGUAGAACAAGGGACAAUGCUAGACACAACUAUUGGUUCUUUCCGCAUUCCUCCAGCCUCUCUCUCGACCUUCGACGUUGUAAGUGUUAUUUUCUGGGUGCCUGUGUAUGAUAGAUUCAUAGUUCCAAUGGCAAGAAAAGUCACAGGAAACGGGAGGGGAUUCACAGAAAUACAGCGAAUGGGAAUCGGCCUGUUCAUAUCAAUUUUAUGCAUGUCAGCUGCAGCCUUGGUAGAGAUCAACCGACUGGAACUCGCCAGAGAACUUAAUUUGGUGCAUAAACCAGAGGCUGUACCGCUGAGCAUACUAUGGCAGAUACCACAAUAUUUCUUGCUGGGUGCAGCAGAAGUAUUCACAUUCAUUGGGCAGCUCGAGUUCUUCUAUGAUCAAUCUCCAGAUGCCAUGAGGAGUUUGUGCAGUGCAUUGUCUCUGUUGACCACUGCGUUGGGGAAUUACCUCAGUUCCUUCAUUCUAACCAUUGUAACCUACUUGACAACAAGAAAUGGACAGCCCGGGUGGAUACCAGAUAACUUGAAUGAGGGCCAUCUGGAUUUCUUCUUCUGGCUCUUGGCUGCACUAAGCUUCUUCAACUUGUUGCUCUAUAUUGUCUGUGCCAAACGCUACCGCCCAAAGAAGGCUUCUUAAAGGUGAAGGAAGAACAUGCUGCUGCUGCUGCUGCUGACUGCUGUAACUGUAAGCCACAAAAGGCCAUUUCCAGAAACAAUAUUUGGGUCAUUAUUCUGGUCUGCUGUAUAUAUACAUAGAUUACAAACGGCCCCCAUUUCCCUCUUCCUUUUUUAACUUCAAAUUCAUUUUUAUAUUGCAAUUUGGCUUAAAUUUGGUGUCAUGUGCUUAAAAAAGCAUGGAUUAGUAACGAUCUUAACCAUCUUUGGUGGUUUGUUUGUUCAUAAUUGUUAUUAUUUUAAGGCUCUGUGUUCCAGAAA